UCCCAUACCAAUACCAACAGCAUCCGAAGACAAGAUCGAUACCAGGACACCGCAACAGCAGACAUACAGUACAGUGCCUUUACAAUUCCAGGCCCUAUGUUUUCUGUCCUGUCCUUUUUAGCUCCUCCAUCAAAUAGACAAGAUGGCGUCGGACUCGGCCGAGUCGGACUGGCGGUCUUCUCUCACGGCAUCUGAGCGCUUUGAGAACAUCCAGAGGAUAAAGGCGGCCUUGGAGUCUUCUGCGACAGAUGACCCCUCCACUACGGCCCAGUCAGAAGCCUUCAGCAUGGAGACCCAGGCUUAUAAAGAAUGUACGAGCCGGGAACAAUAUGAUCAAGUCUGCCUUGUCGCAGGCCGCGGGACAUCAGCACCGACAGAGCGCGAUGCUGUCAAUUCAAACGACCACAGUGAUAUUGGCGUCGCCAUCGGCCCCUAUUCAAGCUGCCUGCCGGUAUCUAGUGGAGUCACUUCGGAGGUCUUCCGAUGCAAGAACCGCGCCCUCAAGGUCAUCGUCGAGACACGCAACAUUGAGCCGCACAACCCCCACCGCGAAGCCAAGAUUCUCGCCUCUUUACGCCGUCCCUGCAUCCCGCUUCUCGAGACCUUCCGCGACCAGCACCAGAGAUUCGUCCUGACUUUUCCUUUCAUGCCACUGACCCUCGCCGACCUCCUCUCCAAAGGUGCCGUCCCUCUUCCCCGCCUGCGGGCGAUAUUCCGAGACGUAUUCACCGCCCUGCGGGACAUUCACGCCCGGGGGAUCAUCCACCGGGACGUUAAACCAGAGGCCGUGUUGCUCGAGAGCCCGGAUGGGCCUGCCUACUUGUCCGACUUUGGUACGGCCUGGCAUCCUUCCAUGUCGAUCGCCUCGGAACCAUCCUACGGCAAGGUUCUCGAUAUCGGGACCGGGCCCUAUCGUGCCCCCGAAUGUCUCUUCGGCAACAAAUCGUACGGCACUGCUGUGGAUAUGUGGGCGGUAGGAACGGUGCUCGCUGAGUGCUGUCGUAAUCCGCCCCGGCCCCUCUUCGAGUCGAGGGCGGCACACGAGGAUGGCAAUCAGCUUGGCUUGAUUCUCAGCAUCUUCAAGACCCUCGGCACGCCCACCAUGGAAACGUGGCCCGAAGCUGCGCACUUCAAGACCCCACCUUUCGAGAUGUAUAGGAUGAUGGACGGUCAUCCGUGGGAUCAGAUCUUGCCUGAGGCUGACCCGGCGUUCCGAGAUCUCAUUUCACGGCUGGUGCGUUAUGACAGUCGAAGGGCAACGGCCGACGAGGCCCUGAACCAUGAAUGUCUGUCUACCGACAAGGGAUAACAAAUGGAUGUUCUCGAUGCACGAAGUUCCAUGUCCUGUCAGCCUGUGGAUCCGUCUGCUGGUCGGCGUGAGACCCAACCCAGGCUCAAAACUUUUCCUCCUUAGUUCGGACCUCACCUAGGUA